AUGAAGACAGAAUCUUUGCUUCUUCCAUUUUUUCUCCUUUCAAUCUUAGCAAAUUCUCUGUUUUGCGAGGCAGCAGAGGCACCAGAAGCACCAGAUUCAGAUUCAGUGCUUGACACUUCUGGAAAACAGCUCCGCACAAGAUUUACCUACUACAUUUUGCCAGUCAGCCACGGGAGUGGAGGUGGACUUGAACUAACCAACACCAACAACACGACAUGUCCACUCGACGUUGUCCAAUCCAGUGAUGAUACCCCCGGCAUUCCUGCAUCAUUUUUCCCGUUUAAUUUGAAUAAAGAUGUUGUUCGAGUCUUUACUGAUUUGAACAUCAUGUUCCCAAACAGGUACACAUCCUGUCCAGAAUCACCUGUUUGGAAACUCGAUCACUACUCUCCUACUGAUCCAUUGGACAGGGAAUACUUCAUCACGACUGGCGGAGUUGUAGGAAAUCCCGCACCUGAGACGCUGAGGAACUGGUUCAAGAUUCAAAAAUUUGGAGAUGGCUACAAGCUCGUGCAUUGUCCAAGUGUGUGCAGUUUUUGUGAUAUUGUCUGUAAAGAUGUCGGAAUUAUUGUUCAAAAUGGAAAGAGACGCUUGGCUCUAACCGACGUUCCAUUGAAUGUUGUGUUUAAGAGGGCAUAA